AUGUCUGCUCUUAACUUCCGCAGUCGCAAAGAACAUGAGCCAACUAGUAAAACCAGCGCAGGAGGUGCGCGUUGGUUUUAUUUUUUAUAUUUCAAAUUAUAUUUCGAAGAUAUUCCACAGUUAACGAACAGCACAUCAAAUGUGUUAGAGAACGCCAGGACAAGAGAGAAAUUGCUGUUACUGCUGAAAGACUACGAUAAGUUCUCGUCGGAGGUGAGAGAUCACCGCACCACCAUCGCUGAGCUGGACUUCCUUCUGAAGCAGGUGCAAAAGGAGAUCAAGGGUCUUAAAGCGAAGGGCACUGGAUCUGAAUUGGAAUACGCCAAGACGCUGACCAAUCAGACGGUGAUCAGUCAACUGGAGAACCGACUGGACACCGCCAUGAAGAAGUUUAACUCCGUCAACAGCGACAACUACAAGAUGAGACUCGAGAUUGACAAACUGUUAAGGGACAGGCAAUUCUUUAAUUUGAUCUGGCGGAACCAAUUGAAACGUUUGAUGGACGGCAAGGCGCAGAUCCUGGAGCUGGUGGAGCAAGCUAUCAAUGCUUACGACCAGCGCGAGGAGUGGUGCACGAAACUGGACGCUCUCAAGGAGAAGGCUGCCAUCGAUUACAGGAAGCAUUGUAUGGCGAGUAUUAUGAUAUUAAUCCACAAAAAAAUUACACGUACUGACAAGGGUACGUCAGAUUAUACAAAACUGUCUUUCUCCACUCGAUUUAAAACUCCAUUGCGACAUAUUGUGGAAGUGCGAGAGCUUCAACGUCAGCUAGACCACAGCAUGAAGUUGGAAGAGUUCCUGAGAACUAAAGGAACGGUCAGACUAACCGCUGCCGACGCGAAGGCUGAAGCAAAACGUCUGGAGCAACAGGAGGAGGAGCUGAGGGCUUACAACAAUCACGUCACCAUCCUGGAAGCUAUUAAGGAGUUCACCGGUGAGGACGAUGUCGAUAAGCUGAUAACAGAGUUCACGCGUCGUGAGGAAGAGAACUAUGCACUGUUCAACUACAUCAAUGAGGUCAACACCGAACUGAAAAACCUUAGCGACAAUGUCAAGAUGCUGAAAGACAAUAUUGAGGAAGAACGCGCCAAACACCAAGCCAAGAUGUGUAAACAGCAGGACAGUAUAGAAUCUUUGAAAACGUCAUUGGAAGAGAAACGAGCUACUACUGUAGAACUACAGGCAACUCGUGACCGUAGCAGUGAAGUACUGGCGAAUCUUCUGCAGCAGAUCCAGGGCUUGGCCGUAACUGCAGACUGCAAUUCGUUGCCGUUGCUCAAGUUGCUCGGGAAAGCUUUCGACGUGAACGUCACCAACGCACGUCUUUACAUCAAGAGUUUGGAGAAGAAAAUCAUGGAGACUGUAGACAUCAUAAGGAUGGAUGAAGCGUUACAGCGAGCGAGCGAGAGCAAAGAGCGUACACCUCCCUCAUCUCGACGCCGCCCCAAGAAGAUAUUAUCAAACAGACAACGUCCAAGAGAACCAGUAUCCGCCCACGCUUGAUUACUAUGUUAU